AUGGCGGCGGGGCUCCGGCUGCUGCUGUGGACGACGGCGCUGCUGCUGCUGCUGCUGCUGCUGCGGGCGAGCUGCGAGCCCGAGCCGCCCUUCGAGGCUCUCUACGCGGCGGGGCUGGAGGCGCACGCCCGGGCGGACUUCGCGGGCGCCGUGCGCGGGCUGGAGCGGGCGCUGAGCGCGGAGCGGCGGCUCCGGGAGAAGCGAGCGGGCUGCGGGCGGCGCUGCCGCCGGGAAGAGCCGCUGGAGGCCGGGCGGGACCCGCUGCCCUUGGCCGGCGCCUUCCUCCGCCGCGCCCGAUGCCUCCGCGCCUGCCUGGGCCCCGAGGACGCCGCCGCCGCCGCUGCCCCCGCCGGCCAGGAGGUGCGCGCCGACUUCCAGCGCCGCCUGCCCUACAGCUACCUGCAGCGCGCCUACAUCCAGGUGCCCCCCAGGUUUUGCCCAGGUGCCCUCUUCCCACCCAGGGCUUCUGGCUGCCUUUGGGUCUCUCCGCCCACCUGA